GUGUUCUCUUUCUCUCUGUCUCUACUAAACAUUCAGAUCGCUAGCUCUGGUCGUGUGCAUCUACUCUGCUUCUGUAUACCUUCUUCUUCCCAGAGUUGAGCUCUCAACAAAAGUUUUACAAAGAAUGAACAAAAGUCCACGCAUCGAUAUCCCCUCCUCGUCUUCUUCUCCACCUUCAUCUUCUGCAGAUGGUGAGCUUAAUGAAGACGACAUCUUCUCAAUCGACAUAACUCACCCUCCUCCUCCGUCUCCUUCGCAACAUCCUCCUUCUCGCCAGCUUCAACGAAGCAAAAGCAGUUUGAAAAACGUGGAAGCUUCUGGUAUCCUCGCUGCUCUUCCAGAACCUUCUGGGAACAGUUACCUCAACCACGUCUUUCACCAUAAGCCUGCAGCUCUUCUCUCCACUUCAUCUUCUUCCGCUAGAACCAUUCCCUCAGCUCCUAAACCUCCUCAAGAGAGGCUUCCGUUUACUCCUUCUUAUAUAGGCGGAGGGAGGUAUCCUCAGUCAGCUCCGGUUCAAGUGCCGUUAGCAUCUUCGGCGAUGAUGAAUCGUCAUAAGAAGGAGUUUAAGUUGACUGAUGUGGUGGAUGAGGAUGAUGAGGAGGGAGGGGAAGAAGAAGGUGAAAUGCUUCCUCCACAUGAGAUUGUAGCUAGGUCUUUGGCGCAGAGUUCGUUACUGUCUUGCUCGGUGCUUGAAGGAGCAGGAAGGACACUUAAAGGGAGAGAUCUCAGACAGGUAAGGAAUGCUGUUUUCAGAAGAACAGGUUUCAUAGAUUGAGUUUUGUUUUUUUCAACCAAGAGACCAUUCUUUAAUUUGUUAUCCAAUUGAACAUGUUUUCAUCUUUCCAGUGUAUGUUCAUAUAUGUUGUCUACUUCAUAUCAAAGACAUUGGUGUGUGAUAACACAUGUGUUUAUAUAAUUGUUUCAUGCUUCACAUGUUAUGAUGAGAGACAGAUCUUUAGAGUUGUUUUUAGGUUUUGAGUUUCAAUUUAUGAUGAAG